GAAGCAGCUUUGAACGCGCGUCGCGACACGCAAGGCGGCGCGCUACCGUACCGGUCCCGACGCCGCCGACUGAUGAACGACGACUCGCCGUUAAUCUGUGUACGAGCCAACGUCGUGCGUAUUGUGCGUUAGCGCCUCGUUCCGUGCAGUCGUUCGAAAACCGUUUAGCCGCGUUUACGUGACAUAUUGUUUUUUUUAUCGUUUUUUUUUUUUGUAUUUUAUUUAUUAUUCUCUGAUAUAAUAUUAUUAUUGUUAUUGUUAUUGUUGUUGUUGUUGUUGUUGUCGUCGUCGUCGUCGUCGUUGUCUGUCUUUCGGCGGUGUACCUCUACUGCCGCCGCCGAGUUUCGCUACGGCGUCUCAGAGUCUACAACUGAAACCAAUAAUAACAAUAAUAUUACCAUUGUCCGAGUGCGGUCAUAAAACACGACUGUUAUAAUAAUUAUUAAAUUGUUGCUAUUGUUAUUACGCGCAGUGGAAAUACGUGUGCUAUUUUAUUUCCUACUGUCGUCGUUACGCCAACUGCGUCGUGCGCCAUACCGGAAAUUUUACGCGGGUUUUCGAUCUGCCCGCCAAAUUUAUAAAUAAUUGGUGUUUGUUUUUAAGUAUUAUAUUCUCGUUUUUGAUGUGAAUUUGUUUUUUAUCGUUUCUCGUAACGCAACAACAGUGCAUUGUUUCACCUGCCGAAUAAUAUUACAAUAUAUUAUUAGUUUGUCGUCUCUACCGCGGUCCUGGCGGUGUUCACUGCGAGUGUCUUGGAUUACGCAAAAGAUAACUAAACCAAUCAUUUGGUGCCGAUGGUGUCGGACAUGAUAAUAACGCACCACGAUAACGCCAUGAAGGACAGACUGUCCGGAAAAUCACAUGCUGCCGUUACGAUGCAAAUGGCGCCGCACAUGAACGCUGAACAAUGUAAUAACCUCGAAGGAGAAAUGCAGCAGCUCACUGAGAGAACUGGACAGCACCGAAAUCAGGCGAAGAAUAUUAGCAAAGAGGACCCAAUGUCACAUCGUAUAAUAGAAAAACGGCGACGCGAUCGAAUGAAUAAUUGCCUAGCUGAUCUAUCACGGCUCAUACCAGCUGAAUACAUGAAAAAAGGUCGAGGCCGAGUUGAAAAAACCGAAAUAAUUGAAAUGGCUAUCAAACACAUGAAGUAUCUCCAAUCUAACGUUUCCUCAACGGUCGGGAAUCAGCCACCACCACGUAGUACAAAGGAACCCAAAGAACCAGUUGAAAUUGAAAAAUCCGAAAAUUCUACCCCUGUAGAACCCGAAAACUCCAUUUUAAUGGCAGACCAGUACAAAAUGGGGUUUUUAGAAUGCCUAACCGAGACCAUGCAGUAUCUCGUCGAGGGACACGGGUAUCCUCCCAACCAUGGAUUAUGUUUGUCGCUCAUCAACCACUUGCAACAACAUUGUGCUCAAAUCGUCAAAGGGAAACAAGUGAUCCACGACGUGAUGAAACAAGAGAUUAUACUAGAAGUGAACAAAUUCAAUGCAAACGUGUUAACAUAUCUAGACGGGGACGGAGCUUACGAUGAGAGUGGUCAACAAAAAAAUUCUUCGAAAAACUCAAAAUCUCAUACGUCAGUCAAUGCGUCAUAUGAUCAGACCCUAGCGGACAGGUGCAGCAUGUCGUUCACAACGGACUCGUAUUCAUCUAGCGGGUCCAUGUAUAAGUUUAAGACCGACAUCAAACAGCGGUUCAGCGCCGAGAACAGUGGUGAGGAUCUGGCCGAUUAUUAUGCACCAGCGAAGAAACGUCGCCGAAAAGAAUCUUCCGACUGCACCGAGGACAGGCAAGAAGUGCCGAUAUUCGCACUGCACGCAAACGGGUCGUAUUAUAUUCCACUAACCGUCAACAGGGACAUCAUACCACCCGUCUUGGACCACGCGUUGACCGAAAACCGUUCGUCGGUCAUCGUUCAUCCGAUAUCGAUUUCGGUCAACUUCCAAGCGACCAAUCAGUUUUGAAGAAUGUCGUUGUCCUGACUGGCGAUCGGAUCACGACACCGACGCGGUGCGGGUGCGGGGUUAUUGGUUUUACCAAUACUACAAAAAUCGACGUAUUGGAACAACAUUAUAUAAUAUGUCCUCAGCCAUAAUAUAUGUUUCGCGAUUUUUAUGUUCUCAGUGCAACUUAUUAUACACGUGCGUGGAUUUGUUUUGUUAAGGAAAUACAUUUUGAACUGUUGAACUCGCCUAAAAAUUUCGUAUUGCCGCACUUGAAUAGGAAAUCGAACAAAAAAAAUUAUAAUUUUAUAUUAUACAUGGCUCAUUUUUUAUGGUUCUCAAAAGUUUAAAGUUUCAAAUCGAAAAACUAUCAAAAACUACGAGCUAAUGAGUAUAAUAUAAUAUUGUAAUUUGAAUUCGGUUAACGCUACGUGUAUUAUUAUAUAAUAUAAUAUAAAUAAAUAAUUAAUUAUUUUUAUUGAUGUUAACGCUCAGAAUAAUGAAUGUUUCAACAAGUGGAAAUUUUUCAAGAACCCCUAGAUCCCUGUUCUCUCCUAUUGCGGGCAAUUAUACUUACCCUGACGUACCAUCGCUUGGCUUGGGAAUAAAACUCCGGACCGCCAUCUUAACUUUAAUUAAUAUAUUGUCGGUGUCGUGGUACCUUUUUUAAUGUAUAUGUAACUUUGUAUGUUACUUUUUAAGUAUAUAAAAAUAAUGAUUAUGUUAUUACCAUUAAUGAUUUAAGCAUUUCCUAUUUUCCUAUACAGUUAUUGUAAAUUUUCUUUGUAAAAAUUAAGUUUGAUUUUUUCAUGAAAUAUUAUUAUAUUGUGUAUGUAUUGAAAAUUUUAAACCAAUAAAUUUAAUAUAAAUUGUUUAAUAA